GCAGAGAGCGGCGCGCAGGGGGACGUCGGGGCACAAAAACGGCCCACGGGCAAACCAGGGCGGCCUACGGCCUCUGCCCCGCUCUGCCUUCGGACAAACUCCGGCUCCCCCCGACCCGCGCACCCGGAAGUGCCCCCUCCGCCGCCCCGGGGGCCGCCCACCGCCGCUAAGUGACGUCCGCGGGCGGGCUGCUCCUCCUCUCCGCCGCCGGCAUGCCGAAGCUCAGCAAGGAGGCCAAGCAGCGGCUGCAGCAGCUCUUCAAGGGCGGCCAGUUCGCCAUCCGCUGGGGCUUCAUCCCGGUCGUGCUCUACUUAGGUUUUAGGAGGGGUGCAGAUCCUGGAAUGCCCGAGCCAACAAUCUGGAGUCUGCUUUGGGGAUGAAAGAUGUGACUGUCCUGCUAUAGAACCAGCCGAUGGACAGAGAAAAUGUUUGAAGAUUCGUAUGUUCCAGAAGAUGAAGUGAACACUUACACCAGCUGACUCUGUCAGCUUGCUAGUGACGUAGGUUGUACAUAUAACAAAUGGAGUUUAUAUGGACCUAACUUAUUUGCAUUGUGGUGUAAUUAAAUACAGUUUGAAAUGGA